CCGAAUGUGACGUGACGUAGGAGAUAUAUGUGCGGCGACCGUGUGGAUAGAUGGCCCCUAUUUUGGGUUUGCGGUGGAUCGACAGCUGGACAGCUAGCUAUCCGUAGACCGAGCGAUACGCGGUACUCCGUAGCUGCCUCGUCGAGUCCUUAUCGAUAAAGGGUUUACGUAGCCAGAACAGACCCCUGGAUUGCAACGGUGUCGAGGGCGAGCUGACCAAGGAAGGGCCCAAGCAGACGGAUGGUAUUUGAGUCGCUUCAUUCCUCCCUGUAAAUAAUUCCCACUCCAGCUACAAGAACUGCCCUGACGCCCACCAGUGCGACCUCGAGCGAGCCCGUGCGCAUGAGAGCGUGACACGAGGGCGCCCAUCUCACGAAUGCGACCAAACCACCACGUCCCACGUCCCGCUCCCUAGCUUCCCCCUCGCGACCACGACUCCCGACCACGAUCGCGACCAUGUGGCUUGACCGACUUGGCGCACAACACAACCUACAGUCGCCCUCCAAUCCCAACAGCAGGCCCAUAUCCCCGCUGCCGCGACGAGUGUCAAGCCAGCGUGGCAGUCCCUACAUCACAUCACAGUCACGGUCAGGGAGAGGCUCCGAGACAUCACUGGUAUCCUCCAACAGCGACACCGGGUCGUCUGUCUCCCUCCUCAGAGGUUCGGGGCGACCCAAUGGCGGCCAGCUGGGCACCUCCUCACUCAGGCAGACCACCACCGUCGACGAUGGGUCCGAGUCGCUGUCCGUGCUCGGCAAGAUCCUUGGGAGCGAGGUGGCCCCGGACCGAGCAGAGUCGAACGGCGCCGCGUCGCCUGUGCCACAGCUGGCAGACCUGUUUAGCUCAACGAUAACACAAGAGGAUCUCGAGAUGGAGUUCGACUUCGGCGGGGUCUCUCUGCGGGAGUUCGUCGCCCAAGGCGACAACGGGAGGCCCGGCGCAGGUGUACAUAGAUCGCAGACAGUGGAAGAAUACGAGCAGGCCAAGACCAAGUACGAGGACCUCCACAGGUCGAUACGCGCGUGCGACGACGUCCUCAGCUCCGUCGAGACGAACCUGACGAGCUUCCGCGACGACCUGGCCGCCGUGUCCGCGGACAUUGAGCACCUGCAGGCGCGGUCGACGGCGCUCAACGUGCGGCUGGAGAACCGCAUGGCCGUCGAGAAGGGCCUGGGCCCCGUGGUGGAGGAGCUGAGCGUCUCGCCCGUGGUGGUGUCCGAGAUCGCCGAGGGCCACGUCGACGAGUCGUGGGUCAAGAUGCUGGCCGAGGUCGAGAAGAGGUCCGAGGCGCUGGCCAGGAACUCGAAGCAGCAGCAGGGGCAGAGCAGGGCGCUGGCGGACCUGGCGCCGCUGCUGGAGAAGCUGACGCUCAAGGCCAUCGAGAGGAUAAGAGACUACUUUGUCGCGCAAGUAAAAGCUCUGAGGUCACCACAUAUGAACGCGCAGAUCAUCCAGCAGCAGAAGUUCCUAAAGUACAAGGAGCUCUACGCCUUCCUCCACAGACACCACUCCCAGCUGGCCGACGAGAUCUCCCUCGCCUACAUGAACACGAUGCGGUGGUACUACCUGAACCAGUUCGGGCGGUACCAGAAGGCCCUCGACAAGAUCAAGCUCCACGUGAUCGACAAGACGGACGUCCUGGGCCACGAGGACACGUCGCGCAAGGCGACGGUCCUGGGCGGCAGCGCGCGGGGCCUCGGCGGCCCGCCGCACGACGCCUUCAACCUGGGGCGGCGCAUCGACCUGCUCAAGACGCCCAACCAGACGGCCCUCAGCAGCUACCUCGCCGAGGAGGACCAGUCGACGCACCACCUCGAGGUGCCCUUCCGCAACUUCAACCUCGCGCUGCUGGACAACGCGACGGCCGAGUACACCUUCCUGGCGUCCUUCUUCACGCCGAGCCUGAGCCUCGCGCGCGUGGGGCGCAACUUCAACUACAUCUUCGACCCGACCUUUGCGCUGGGCCAGAGCCUCACGCGCUCGCUCGCCUCCGAGACGUACGACGCCCUGGGGCUGCUGCUGUGCAUCCGCCUCAACCAGCACUUCGCCUUUGAGCUGCAGCGCCGCCGCGUCCCCGCCAUGGACGGCUACGUCAACGGCACGUCCAUGGCGCUGUGGCCGCGCCUGCAGGCCGUCAUGGACGCGCACUGCGAGAGCGUGCGCGGGCUCACGUCCGCGCUGCCGCAGAGGCCGCUGCCCGCCGCGACGGCGCGCACGACCAGCGCGGCGCCGCACGUCGCGACGCAGCGGUUCGGGCAGCUCGUGCACGGGAUCCUGGCGCUCAGCGGGGGCGGGGACCACCAGUCGCAGCAACACCCGCAGGCACAGUCGCAGCAGCCGGGCGGCAGCGGCGACGACGAGCCCGUCGCCGCGUCGCUGGGCCGCCUGCGCUCCGAGAUGGAGGCGUUCCUGACGCGGUACAGCCAGGUGUACUUUGGGGCCGACGUCAAGGGGCGCAAGAGGGAGCGGUUCCUGUACAACAACUACAGCCUCAUCCUCACCAUCAUCGGGGACCUCGGGGGCGGCAGGAUGGCGGCGGAGCAGGUCGCGCACUUUGAGGGGCUCAAGGCUGCUUUCCAGGAGGCUGCCUGAGCCUGUUCUGAUUCUGAUCUGAUCCGAUCCGAUCCCUCGAGGUGGCGCGGUUGAGGGUUUGAAGGGUAGUAGAAAAGGGGUGUGUGGAAUUGGGGGGGGGGGGUAUGGGUGGUAUUCGAGAGCGGGCGAGGCGAUUGGUGUUGGGAGAGUUGUAUGAUAUUAUCAAUCUACAGAAAGGGGUCUGUCUGUCUUGGUCAUACGCUGCCUUACUCGUCUUGCCGAAGGCCGGGGCGCACAAGGCUUGACGGCGGUGGC